CAUCAGCGAAGCAAAAUACUAAAGCAGACAACCGGAUUAUUUAUUGAACGCUGUAGCGGGUUUCUACAUUGUUUCGCGGUCAUAAUGUCUGAUGAGGAAGAGGACUAUAUGUCUGAUGCAUUUCUUACUAAAAUACAAGAUGUGAAGCCAGGUGUCAGCAUGGUGAGGCGGUUAAAAGAAUCAAUAAAGAAGGAGACGCAGCAACAGGAGACGAACAUCAAGAACCGUCAGAAGACUUACAAGGAGCAGGAGACGGAAAGUAGAGAGGCAGCGAUAGAAAACCCCAUUUGCAAUAACAACAAGGGAUUUGCACUUUUGCAAAAAAUGGGUUACAAAGCUGGUCAAGGCCUCGGGAAGGCGGGAGCAGGGAGGGUGGAUCCAAUUCCUCUAAAUAUCAAAACUGACAGAGGUGGCAUUGGAAUGGAAGCGUUGAAGAAAAGAAAAGCUGAGGAGGAACUUCAACAUUAUCGUCAGAAAGUACGGGCCAAACAACAGAACGAGACGAAGUCUCUGGAAGAUUUUAGGUCUCGAGUAAGGACGGAGAGAGAGGAGCGAAAGAUUGAAGGAGAUCUCAGAAGGAGUAAGCGAGCCUGUGAGCAGCUUGACAGUCAGAAGGGCAUCACUGUCCCCAGGGAAGACUGGUACUGGCCUAAAGAAGAGACCGAUGAUGAGGAAGAUGAUCUUAAGGAGGAGGAGGAGGAAGAGGAGAAGGAGGAGGAAGAGAAAAAGGAGGAGGAAGAGAUCGUGGAAUUAACCUCCUUUGACAAACUGCAAAUUUUGACAUCCUAUCUGAGAGGAAUCCAUUUUUACUGCAUAUGGUGUGGAACCACCUAUAACGGUAAGAGUGAGGACAACAUGCCUGUUGGUUUUAUUGACUUUGCUGAUACAUUUUAUUUUAUUUCAUUGACAGAUGAAGAUGACUUGUGCUCCAACUGUCCUGGGGAUACAGCAGCAGACCACGAGUGAACGGGAUGAAAAUGAAUAUGCUCAGUUGUUCAAAGUGAAAAAGCAGUUUUAUUCAGUGGGCUGAUCACACUUGGCUUUGAUAAGCAGUGUUGGCAAUGAGGUGAUCAUAAGUGGAGGAAUAUUUGUUUAUCGUCCCAAUUUGAAUCAUUUGUCCAUCUCUGGAAAGUCAUCACUGUUUAUACUGUUUGUAGUUGGCGGCCCUGACUUUUUCUUUACAUUUAGGUAUGCUGUGGGAAAUUUAGGAUAUCUUUCAUGUAUAUAUUUUUCAAAAGAUGCACUAAGAUUUUUUUAGACAUGUUUGAAGAGCGAUUGCAUACCUGUGUUUUCAUUAAACAUUUAAAUAAUUA